GUUUCGUUGGUGUCAACACAUGAAAGCAAGUCUAUCGCCCUAAAUUAAAGGCCCGGUUAACAAUCCCGGCGAUUUGGUCCAUGUCUGUUAUCAAGGGUAUUCAUGGCACGUCAGCGAGUCCCUGGGGGGCGUAACCGACCCUCGUCCAAGGAUCGGGCCCCGAGUCGUCCUGGAAUAAACGUGAACCGCCCAGGAUCCCAUGGGAAUAUGGCAUUAUGCCGGAGCAGCACUUUAUGGAUCGUGUCCAGCGGGAUUCUCAUAAUGGGCAUCGCCUACGUGUCAUAUCAAGGGUAUCUCCAGACUCGGGUCAACACGCCGUUAUCAGUCCCUUCAGCCGUCUCCAAUUCGGGCUUAUCUGAUCCCACCCGAUUUUGGGGGUCAUACAGACCGGGUGUUUAUUUUGGCAUGAAGACGCGAUCCCCCUACGAUCUUUUGAGCGGUCUCAUGUGGUUCAUUCCCGAUCAGAUCACACAGAACGACAUCGGGUUUCGCCAUUGGUGCGAACAAGGCGAUAAUCUGGCCCGAUAUGGCUGGGUCAAACAUGAUGGAGAGAACUUUGGAGUUCAGGAGAUCUUCGAUCGAAAUCUGAAACUUACCACGUCAUUUGUCAAACGACCCGGUGGAGAUCGCGGUGGAGAUUGGACGGCUCGAAUUCGAGUGGAACAAAACCACACCAAAAAAGUCACACAGAUGGUGUCAUUGUUCUUCUACUUUGGCUUGGAUGAAAAAGCUGAGGGAGCUCUCUUGCCCGUCCUUGAUGCCUCCGAUGCUCUUCGAAUGAAUGAAAUCUCGGGCACCUCGCCCACCCUUGGUUCGUUCCGAGUCAAGUUUGUUGAGAAUGGCCAGGCCAAGCAACACUUUCAUGCCAAAUUAAUCAGUCCGGGUCCUCAAUCCUACACGGACUUGGUUAUGCGUCAAUUGCGUCGAUACGAAGACAAACAAGCAGCCAUUGGGUUGGAUCCGACCUCUAAUGUGGAAGGAGAUCCCAACUUGUUGGUGUACCAGGUGAAUGCUGUCACUCCAUUCGAGUUGGAUGUGGUCUUUGAAUCCGGAGCCAACAUGGCUGGACGAGUGGAAGGCGAGCUCGUUGGCAACCUCUACACAGACGCUUUGAAGCAAUUGGAGCGCGAUUACGAUUUGGCCUUUGAGGCCCAGUUCCACCUCCAAAACAAAGGGUUCUCUCGACAGGACGUUGAUUUCGCUCAGGCUGCCUUGAGUAAUAUGGUUGGGGGCAUUGGAUACUUUUACGGCCAUUCCUUGGUUCAAUCGGAUUCAAAUCCCCAGGCGGUUCAGUAUUGGGAUGCUCCAUUGUACUCGGCGGUCCCCUCGAGAAGCUUCUUUCCCCGAGGAUUCCUCUGGGACGAAGGUUUCCACAACUUGUUGAUCGCCAAAUGGAACCCAAAAAUCAGCGCUGACAUCUUGGCACAUUGGCUUGAUCUCAUCAAUGUGGAAGGCUGGAUCCCUCGAGAGCAAAUCUUGGGAUUGGAGGCUCGCGCCAAGGUUCCAGCGGAAUUUGUGGUUCAGCACAACAAAAAUGCCAAUCCACCCACCUUAUUGUUGGCACUCGAAUCCAUGAUGCACGCGAAAGAAAACAGACAGAGUACCUGGUUCAGAGAAUUCCUCGUUCGUGUUUGGCCAAGACUUGAGCUGUGGUACGAUUGGUUCAACACUUCGCAACAAGGACCUGUUCCGGGUUCAUUCAGAUGGAGAGGCCGCAAUGGGACAGCGGAUCGAGAACUGAAUCCAAAGACGUUGACCUCAGGGUUAGAUGACUAUCCUCGGGCUUCUCACCCAACCGAGGACGAACGACACUUGGACCUUCGAUGUUGGAUGGCUUUGGCCUCAAAACUAAUGGCGGACAUUGGUCGCUUGAUUGGAAUGGAUCAUGAAAAGUAUUCUGCGACAAGCGAGUUCUUACACGACAACAUGUUUCUAAAUGAAAUGCACUGGUCUGAAAAACACAAAGCCUAUCUAGAUUUUGGCUUUCACACCGAGGACAUUCGCUUGGAAAGGCCACCCAUCAAUUCCAAAACCCAUCGUCCAGGGAUGCCCAAACCAGAAAAGAUUAGGGUCACCAAAACGCCACCGAAGCUCCAAUACGUGCCUCAAUUAGGCUACAACAGUUUGUUCCCGUUCAUCCUCCAAAUCAUUGAUCCGUCCUCGCCCAAAUUGGCCGCCGUUCUAGCUGACCUCGAGGAUCCCCAGAAGUUGUUCACACCCUACGGCCUCCGAUCGUUAUCACAAUCCGCCUCGCUCUACAUGAAACGCAACACCGAGCAUGACCCUCCCUAUUGGCGAGGACCAAUUUGGAUUAACAUAAAUUUCCUCGCGGUUCGAGCCCUCAAGCAUUAUGCUGAUGCUCCCGGACCGAAUCAGUAUCGAGCUCAAAAGGUCUACUUGAAACUGAGACAAGCGGUGAUUGGAAAUGUCAUCCGAGAGUACCAUCGAACGGGUUACAUUUGGGAGCAAUAUCACGACAAGACUGGCCACGGGCAAGGCUGCCGCCCUUUCACGGGCUGGUCCGCACUAACGGUUCUUAUGAUGGGCGAGACGUAUUGAGGCAUACAUCAUUGUUAUUAUUGUACCGAUCAUCAUUCCAACCCGCAUUUGGUUACCCGUUCGUCUACGUACCAUAUACAUAUGUAUCCUUGUUGGGUUUUUUAUCGACAUGAAUGUGAGAUAAAUGUGGUGCUGUGUA